GAAUUGCCAGUCCAAAAUUGACGCUCACCCAAGAAGGUCACAAACCAUUACAAUGAGUCGACUUGUUCUGGCUGCAUUCCUGGUCGGAACCUUGCUGACCUCCACGACCUUGGCCCGCUACUGCGAUGGAAUUCCGGAGGGAACCCUCAUAAACUGGCACGACGUAGCGCUGUGCAACAGAUUCUACGCGUGCCAGCAUGGCGUCGAUCACGAGUGGUUCUGUCCCCCGGGGCAGUUCUUCAGCCAGCGCAACCAACAGUGCGAGGCCACGUGCAACGUGAUUGAUAGGCAGCAAUGGUGCGCCGGACUGCCCGAUGGAACGUUUAUCCGAAUUCCUCCGGGUGAACCGGCGGACUGCAACCGCUACUACACGUGUAUGGCCGGAGUGAUGCACCCGCAGGCUUGUCCGCCCGGGUUCUGGUUCUCGCAGCAGCUGCAGAUGUGCGUGGUUGAUCAGUCGCAGUGUUAAAAGGAAGUGCUUUGUACUUAAUCAUACGUUUCUUGUAAUAAACUUGUGUCAAUAUC